AUGUCGACGAGCACGCCACCAAAGGAAAAUGGAUCGGGAGAACCUGUCAAACCGACUCUGCUGGCAUUCCACGGGUCAGGAAGUAAUGCCACGGUGCAUACAGUGCAACUGGCACGACUGAUGCGAGCGAUUAGCCCGUACUUUAAAGUUGAGAGCCUUGAAGCACCGUUCCCGUCCCCCGCAGGCCCAGGAGUCCUCCCCUUCUUCGACGGCUGCGGCCCCUUCAAACGCUGGCUUCCUCCCAGCGAAAAGGUCAGCCUGGAAAUCAUGCGCUCAGGGCAAUCCACCAACGCCCUGGCCCCAGAGGUAGAAGACCUCGUGCGCUCCACGGUGCAAAAGAUCCGCGCGGAAGGAGGCAGAGUCGUGGGCUUGAUAGGCUUCAGCCAAGGCACCAAGGUCGUUGCGGGGCUACUAAAAGGCGUCGAGGUACGGCGGGCGCUUGGUACGCAAGCAGAUGGUGGCGAAGAGUUGGCUUGGUUGGAUUUCGAUUUCGCGCUGAGUGUUUGUGGAUCGUAUCCGCCGCCGUUGAUUCCUGGUUCGGUCGUCGAUCUUGUUGGGAGGUCUGGGCUGUCGGAUGUAGAGCGGAAACAGCUGCUGGAUGCUAAGAUUGCGGUUCCUACGUUCCAUGUACAAGGGAAGCAGGAUGAGUGGCAUUGGGCGGGACAAGGGCUGAUUGAAGGGUACUAUGAUGUAGCCGAGGGGAAGAGUGAGGUUAUGCAGUGGGACAUGGGACAUCAUUACCCUGUGCCGCCCGAGGAUAGCGAGAGCAUUAGGGACUGGAUGGUGGAGGUGCUCGAGAAAAUCGAAGGAGAUGUACAGGUACAGCGGUGA